GAACAUGUUUCCAUCGCGACGUUAAGUAAAAAUCAAAACUUGUUUGUUGCAGGCGAAGUCGAGAAAAUGCCGCUACGAAAUUACCAACAAAACCGACGACAUCGAGUUUAAUUCUCAACCACUUCGCCCCGAAACUAAAACCGUUUAAACGCAACUAAUGACACGCCGCCAUUCCGAGCUUCUAAAUCGAACGGUCGCUUAAUUAAUUUUCUUUCAAACACCUCGUUUCCACCUAUAGGUUCGCCCGACUUCGAGCUGUCACUCGCAAUACUAGCGAUCGAUGAUCGAUCCAUUGCCAAUCACACUUAUGGAAUAAAGCGCAGACAUUUCCAAUACAAAAAGACUGAAUGAAUAAUAACCGCACAACAAUGUCAGAUUACGAACGAAUCCGCCUAGUUAUCUUAGGCGGGCCGGGCGUCGGCAAGAGUUCCAUCGUAAAGAGAUUCCUGCUGAACACCUACAACAGCAAGUACAAGAGCACAAUCGAAGAUUUGUACAACAGGGAGUACGAUUUGGGUCAUAUGACUCUGAAGGUGGACAUCCUGGACACGGCCGGAGACAUGCAGUUUCCUGCGAUGAGGAGACUGUGCAUAGCCACGGCUCACGCUUUCCUGCUGGUGUACGCCGUGACGUCGGCGCCGUCGUUGGACUGCGUGAAGCAAUGCUUCGAGGAGAUCAGAGAGCAACGGGGCGACUUCCAGGAGAUACCGAUCGUGAUAGCCGGCAAUAAAUUGGACCUGACCUCCACGCACCGCGAGAUCCCCAUCGAAGACGUCUCCGAAUGGGUGUACUGCGAACUCCCGAAGCUUCGAGUGAAGGUGCUGGAAUGUUCGGCUAAAGACGACAUCAACAUCAGGGAGAUAUUCCGCACGUUCCUGGCGCUGUCGCGCAUCCUGCCCCACGACCCGGAGGAGCCGGGCGGGCUGAAGAGGCGGUCGAGCGCGUACGUGUCGAACAAGGGCGGCAGGAGGGCGGCCAGUCCGGCCGUCGACAAGGAGAAGGCCGGCCCGUCCGAGUCCAAGGAGAGCCUGGCCAAGCCGCGGUCCAGGUCGCUCAUCCGGAGGGCUUCCAGGAAGGCCAAGCAGCAGAUGAGGGACGCGCAGAGCGCCACCGACGAGUGCACCAUGUCCUAAAGCUUCUAGGUAUUUUCGAAUUCCAAUCUACUGACUAGAUAUUUUAUUAUGAACUUCUACGAUGAGUGAUCCACCAGGAUUGUACUUUGAUCCGAAUUUAAUCCGAAAAAAGUAAUGGAGCUUCAAUUAACCGUACUGAUAUUUAUGUGAAUUCUUCUCGAAAGGAGUUUUUGAAGAAGCAAAAGACUUUUUUUAAUUGCAUUUUACAAAAUCGCGGCCAUCUGAAGUAUCCGUCCAAUUAAUUGUAUAACCAGCAUUUCAUUAAAAUAUAUAGUCAGUUAAAGAGUUUGGUUAAAAAAAAAGUAUCACAUAUUUAUUAAUAGAAAUCUAUUUGCUUAUUAUGUUUCGCGCGUUUUGUUGUCAUGCAUUUUAUCCAGCAAUGGAGGAGAUGAAUUAAAGGUUCUUUUCUGCUUUGCGAAUCUAUUCGCACGGCAUCUAUUUCCUGUUUUCAGCAGGAAUAUAUCCCUGGAAUAAUCUGCUUUUCCUCGGGUCGGUACUAUAGCUGACCUAGUUGUGUUUCUGGUGAGGAAAUUGCGCCGAGUAAUCUUUCACGAAACAAAGACACAUGUCGAGGAGGAAUGUGAUUUUUCUGGGAAUAUGUAAAUUUUAAUAUUAUGCGGGUUUUUAUCAUUUAAGUCUCUGUGCAUUUUCGCUUACCUUACACGUAUUUGAAUUUCCAUGUGAAAACCCGUCGGAAAGUUUCCUUUUGUGGGCGACCCGCGAAUAUCGUUCGAUGAACAUUCCGUUGAAACGGAGUUUCAUUUUCCCGUCCUAAUGAAGUUACUUUUCGGAACGUUGUUUUUCUAGGGAAUUUCUUUAAUGCUUUAUUAAUGUCCCCUGUUUUAUUCAUUAAAUUCGUAAUUAAAGAGUAAUUUCGGCGAAUUAAAUUGCGACCUUUAGUUUUUCGCUUUUUCUCUUCAUACAAAAAAGAAGGUAAUUAAAUUUCUUUCGAAAGGAAUUUUUUUUUCGUUUUUCUUUUCAUGGCUUUCGAAUCGAUUGAAUAAGGAAUUUUCGGAGGUUAGUUCGUGUCGGAUGCUUUACAUGGCCGGAAAAUCCUGCUAAACACGUUUUAACCGAGUUUGCACGAAGGGCCGAUUUUUCAUUCCGUUUUCCCUGAACAAUUCUCGGACAUCAACAAUAAUCUUUUUAAAUAGUCUCCGGGGAAAAUGCUGUAUACACUUUCGUGUUUGAUAUUUGCGCUUUACUGCGAUAUUUCAUAUUUCCCUAAAAGGAAGAAAAGAAUAGAUAUAGCGGAAAUAAAAAGUUUAAUUGUGUGUCUGCAGAAAGAUUUUUUUUGCUCGUUUUUAUAGAGCUAGAUUAGUAAAUUUUAAAUACGAUGUUAAAAAAUAUUUAAAUUUAUUUGUAUAGAAAAAUAUUUAUAAGAAGCUUCGAAAAUUUAUAAUCCCUCCCAAAUUAAUCAAAAUAUCCGUUUUUUUUAUUGUAUGUAAUAGAAGAUCUCCAUUAUAUUAUAAACAAUUUGAAAAUUAUAUUAUAUACUGGUAAUUAAUCAUAUCUAAUGUAACGUGAAAAUCCAAAAAAAAAUUGACCAAUUUUUAAUUCAACAUUAUUUUUAUAUCUUCGAAUAUCAAUUAAUAUUUAUCACUAAAAAUUUGUGUUUAAAUUUGGCAAGGCGACUUGCGUACCAAUGUAUAGAUAUAUAAAAUAUUUACCAAAAAAUAAAAAAAGUUUUUUGUAAAAUUACUUAUAAACUUACCCUUAGCUGUUAAGUGUGUCUGUCAUCGUUGUGAUUACUAAUUAUAAGGAACAUAUAGGCUAUAAUCGCCGAAUUUAUUAUCAUAUAUACAGGUGGUUUCGAACUUUCGUAUUUGAGACACCCUGUAUAUAGGUCCAUCAUAUCCUCGCCAGGCGGGUAUUCCCAAACUACAGCGUUUAAAUUACAUAUAUUUCUAAUGGAGAAUGAGUGUUUAUGUAAAUAUAAAUAAAAAUGUCUAUACCAAUAAUUUUUAAAUUUCCUCGUUAAAAGAACGGCUUGUAUGUAUAUGUUUACCCGUUAAAUAGCACAAGCGGAAUUGAUUUGAAUGUAGAUAAUUUCUAAUAAUUUCGUAAUAACCAGCUGAUUAGUUCGUUAUGGAGAAAUAUAUGUAAAAUUGGCGACGCCAUGCUAAAUUGCAUUCAAAGUUUUUGGUUUCUCUAAGCUCUACAAAGUGAGCUUUGAUGUCAUGUAAUUGACUUUGAAUGCAGUUAAUAUUUAAACCAAUGCUCGUUUGUAUUUCGAUUUUUUAUGCUAAUAUUUAGGGAUAAGAAUUAAAGAUAAAAUUAGUAUCUAUGUAUUAACGUUCAAUAGUAAUGUAUUUCGCAUGUUUAAAACGCAUAAAACAGGGUUUUAGUGUAAUAGGAGGCGCAUAUCUAGUUUUCUAGUAUGUGCCCUUAAUUUUUCAACCCUUUGUAUGAGUAAUUGUGGUAAAAUUGUGGCUCAAUUUCGUUUAAUCUUAAGUCCAAAUCAGUAUUUUAACGAAUGUCUUUCCUCAAAAUCAUCUCGCUCGAUUUACUCGUAGUUUUAUUGAUACAUAGAUUUUGUAUAUUAUAAAAAUUUUCUACGUUUUUUUUUAAUUAUCGAGUGUACGAAAUACACCGUUCAGAAACGCUUGCUAACGAGUGAUAAAAUUAUGUAUUAAAACGUUAAUUUGUUCAGUAAACAGUAAACGAUUGUUGUAUAGUUUUGUAACAAUUUAAAUAUAUAUGUAAGUGUUAUUUUAGGAUGUAGUUAACUAUUUGGAGAAUAUUAAAUUAAAGGCAGUUAAGAAGUAUCUUGUCUACUUACAUAUUACACAACAAGCUCGAUUCACAACGAUUCUAACACCUAUUUAUUUCUGUUAAAAGCACUAAAAUUCCCCGCUGUGCCACGAAGGCAUCCACCUUUGCUCCUUAUACAAAUCCUUCUUGGCGGUCCUGCGACUGUGCGCCCGAUCGCCCAGCACGAAAAAAGCAGGAUCGGCUUCCAAAGAGUUCCAAGCAUUCCCCGCGGCGGUCUCCCCAAUGGUUUCCUUGAACUGGUGCCUCCUCCAAUUACCCCCCGACCUCGGAGAAGCAGUACUUCGAUUAUCCGCAGGAGGAGCCGGCGACGGUGUCGAAGAUCUAGGAAAAACUCUUUUACCUGAACCUCUCCUGCGAUUCGAAGAUUUCGAAGCAUCCGUUUCGGGCGAAGGGGCUAUAGGCUGGGCGAUUUUCGGGGACGAAGGUGCAGGUUUCUCUUCCUUUGAGGUAGGUUCAGGUUUUGCUGGUUUGUCCACUAAGCUGAAACGUUUAAGGAUCAGAACUGGGCUUAGUUCAAGUGCAGAAUAUUGGGAAGGUUCGUGAACCCAAAAUCCAGCUGAUUUUUAGGACAAUAAACCAACACUAUGAUCCAAGGAUCAUGACCAAAGGGCAAUGAAUCAAGAAGAAAGCUCAAACCUGCUGCAUCUUACCUGGAUAGCUCAGCUUCGUUUAUGGUUUUAUCAUUAAUAUUUAUGUCUGGUAUUUCUAAUAUUCUUCUUCUUUGACCCUGCGGCGGUUUUUCCCUGAUUAAAUAAUCCAAAUAGGCUUUUCUGUAUUCGGGUUGGCAUUCAAACCGCCCCUCAGGCUCUCUAUAGUCCUCUUGCUUUCCGAACAAAUCAUCGAUAACAGAUGACUUUUCUCGGCAUUUAUCUCGAUUUUCCGUAACGUAUUUAACCUAAAUUAAUCAAUUCAAUCACAACUACCCGAUGCGUUAAAUUAACAAUUACCUCUCCUUCGGAAGUGAAGUGACUCUCCGGUUUCCUAACUCGAGGUCUUCCCCGGGGUAAAUCGACAUUAUUGUACUCAUGCUGAGCUCUUCUAGGAGUCGCUUUCCUUUCUAAGCUACCCUCGAACUCCAAAUAAGCGUUUUUCCGGAUUUUCUUCCUGCCCUCGCCCGCGGCCGAUUUGGUCAAAUUGGGCUGCGAGGAGGCGCGAUUUAAGGUCAUGGUGCUGUGGUAUCUGCUCGAUGAAUUGCUUCGUCUCGAUUUGGGCUCUUCAGUACCGCGGUAGUUGCAGGAAUCGCGCAGGAACGGUAUCAACGGGCUGGUCCUGCCGCCGAAAGUGUGUGGUUCCCCCGAAGGACCUUCGAAGAGCCGGGCGGAUUUCAAAUUGUGCGAAGGCAGUAUCGGUUCAGUUCGUUCGGGGUUUG